CUCGUAGUUUGUUGGUGGAGAGUACGUUUGCUUGUCGAGUGUUCGAGUGUUCUAACAAGUUGUCAAAAUAUGAAGGCUGUCAGUGUUGUGUGUGCGGAGAACAACAUCGCCGGAAUCAACUCCGGUCGAGUGUCCAAAGCCAGGAAAGAUAUAGAAAAUGAGGAAAUCCAAAUGUACCUCAGCAAAUUAAAGGACUUGGUGCCCUUCAUGCCUAAAAAUCGAAAACUGUCAAAACUAGAAGUGAUUCAAUACGUUAUUGACUACAUUUGCGAUCUUCAGAGUGCCCUCGAAACGCAUCCUGCAGUGAACAAUUUCGACGCUGCCGCUGCCCUGGGACAGAAAAAAUCGCAGGAGGCGGUCAGCCCCCGACAACCCCUUGGAAUUAGGGCGAGUCCUAACAGGAUUCUUUCACCUUGCGAAGCUCCCGUCCUUCAAAAUGGCACGACUCCCGAAAAACUAACGCCGUCAGAAAGGCAGGUGCCUUGUUAAAUUAACCUCCCCGUUACACAGUGAUCUUGAAUAUCAUCCCCAUCUCAUUCCAAAAUGAUCAUUACACAGUCUUCGUGGAAGAGGAGGCUGUUUAUUUUUGGAUAUUCGCCUCAUUUUUAGUUAAAAGGAACGACUGAUUUCAUUAUUUAUAUUAGGAACGGAGAAAGAAACAGUAAUUGUGUGUGUGCUGAGGAGAAAGUGAAUUAUGUGAAGCACUUAGUGAUGUACCUGUUUAUGUUGCAAUUGUUAUGUAGAUUUUAUUUUAUUGUUUUGUACAUAUGCUAGGCGAGUUUAUUGUACUUUUUCUACUUUUUUAAUUGGUAGUAAUUCAAAAAUUCAUUCGUGAAAUUUUGAUAUUGUAGCUUUAUCACAGAUUUUUUUUAUUGAUUUUGUGACUUUUUAUUCUGUGAUUUUUUAGUAUGUAAUCUUGUACAAAGUGUAAUCUCUACGUGAGACUUUGUUGGGAUCACAGUUUAAAGCAAAUAGCAAUUGUGAUUUUGACGAUGUACAUUUUUGUUCUAGAAUAUUAUUGUAAAUAGUUACCUAUAUAGCAACUAAAUGUUGUUUGAAUUUUUAUUAUAUGAAGAUAUUUCAAAUAAAAAGAUUUCAAAAGAA